CUACUGGAAGACUCGGUGGUUGUUUGAUCUGUGUUGGAUUGAUUUUGCAUUCUUUGGAGGAAUCGGAAAUCGAUCGAGACGUCACUGAAGCUUCUGAUCUGAAUAUUUUCAAGAAUGGUAUUGAAUAUUGUUCUUGUUGGUGUUUCUUGGGGAUUUUAGAGAUAGAAAGGCCGGCUUGGAAAGCUAAGUUUCAGCAACAAAUUUACAGCUCCUUCCUCAACAUUCUUAGCCUUUGCACACUUAGCGGUUGGAUCUCUUGCGUGGUGAAGGAUCCUGAUGUAGCUUGGGUAGAUUGCGAAGUUGUGGACGCUAAUGGUGAAGACAUUAAGAUAGAAAGGCCGGCUUGGAAAGCUAAGUUUCAGCAGCAAAUUUACAGCUCCUUCCUCAACAUUCUUCAGCCUUUGCACAGUAUUUUAGGACCUCCAUGCUUAGGCUUUCGAUCUCUUGCUUGGGUGAGGGAUCCUGAUGUAGCUUGGGUAGAUUGCGAAGUUGUGGAGGCUAAUGGUGAAGACAUUAAGGAUCUUGUGUUGUGGACUUACACAGGAAAUAUAAUACUUACUGUGAAGCCUUUCAGAAAAUUGCCUCAUUUAUAUGAUAGUCAUAUGAUGACGCAGUACAAAGGGGCAGCCUUCGGUGAACUGAGCCCCCUUCCUUUUUCUGUUGCAGAUGCAGCAUAUAGUGGUGAGAGUGGAGCAGUUACAACAGAAAGCACAAAAUUGCUUAUGUGGUAUCUUGCUUACAUUGUCGAGCAGCAAGUCCCGGAGUCAAAUCCUGUUCUAGAAGCAUCCGGUAGAUUUGGUGGAGGUGCGUGUGCGCUUGCGGAUUUUCUGCGAGUUGUUAAGGUUGUUGUUGCAUCACAACUUGGCAUUGGAUCUCUUGCGUGGGUGAGGGAUCCUGAUGUAGCUUGGGUAGAUUGCGAAGUUGUGGAGGCUAAUGGUGAAGAAAUUAAGGUUCUUUGCUUCCAGACUUACACAGGAACUAUAAUACUUGCUAUGAAGCCUUUCAUAAAAUUGCCUCAUUUAUAUGAUAGUCAUAUGAUGACACAGUACAAAGGGGCAGCCUUCGGUGAACUGAGCCCCCUUCCUUUUGCUGUUGCAGAUGCAGCAUAUAGUCAGUCAAUUUUGGUUAGUGGUGAGAGUGGAGUAGUUACAACAGAAAGCACAAAAUUGCUUAUGUGGUAUGUUGCUUACAUUGUCAAGCAGCAAGAGCCGGAGUCAAAUCCUGUUCUAGAAGCAUCUGGUAAGGUGAAGACAGUCAGAAACAACAACUCCAGGUGGCCAUGGGGAAUUAUUAAUGCUGUUAUUCCUGGUAAGAAUGCCAAAUUGUGA